GUCAUAAUUUUUGUCAUAAUUUAUUUGUCACAAAUUUUUACGGUUUUUACGGUAUUUUUUUUGUUAUCGGUAUACAUCAGUAAUAUGUGAAAAGGGGUGUGCACCAAAAUUAAAAGAUACCUGCAAAGGUAAAGUUACCCGUAAGAAUAUAUUUUUUGUGGAUGUUAGCAAAAGUUUAGUGGAUUAAUUACAAGAAAUCGGUUAAGAUCGGUUAAAAAGAAACCCAUAUGGCGUCGCAAUUAAUAGAGACAAAGUCUUUAGUGCAAUUAAAAACAUGGGAUCUACUCCCCACGGAUGUUCUCGCGUUGAUUUUUAGUUUUUUGCCACGAAGAGAUCGUCUUUCCUGCUCCAUGGUUUGUAUGUUAUGGAAAGAAGCAAUCAAUUCACCGCAACUUUGGAAACAUAUGGUUAUAAUUAUCGAUAAAGAUCUUUUAAGUGAUCCAAGUACUGUACUUCUAACAAGAGAUUAUCAUCAAUUCAUAAAAAGUUUAGAAUUAACAUGGAGCCGUCCGUAUAUCCCAUUACGUUGGUUGCCAACGAAACUUUCUGAAAUUGUUAAAAGAACAACAAGAUUUUUCAAUAUCUUGACAGAGAAUUUUGUUCAGUUGAGAAGUUUAAAAAUGCACUGGUGGAACGAUCUGACGCGAUUCAAAAAAAUCGUUUACCAUAUGUCCCUCUUCUUAAAAAUCCAAGCUUGUCUGACUGAUCUUUGUUUCUUUAACGCAAUGCUUAACAAAUGCGAUUUCGUUAAAUUUAUCGCAAGCUGUAUGAACUGUAAAAUGACCGUAACCAACCUUGAUAUCAGAAAUUCGUUUUAUAACGUCGAUGAUGAAUUGGAUUCCGUUCAAUUAAUCGAUUGUAUAGAACACUUGAACGGGUUGCGACAAUUAAAAGUGGAUUUUCCGGUAUUUCGACGCGAAAUUAUGCAUCUGUUAUCGUCUGGAAGAAAUACAAGCUUAAACAUGGUUGAAGUUCAUGUUUUUGCAAGUGAUAUGAUUCCGAUUAGAAACAGUGAUUGGCGUGAUGUUUCUUUGAAGUUGAGUAAUUUGAAUGUUGCCUUACAUUUCAUUGGUAUGUUAGACUUGGAUUCUGUGGUUUCGUUACUUCAACGAUCGAUUCCUCUUCAUACAUUUACGGUAACAACGGCGAGGGCUUGGCAAAAUUACACCCCAAAUAGUUGUAAAGAACUUUUUCGGGUUUUAACCAGCAACUAUAAGAAUUCUUUGGAGAUAAUCGAUUGUAGAUUAUACGAAAAUGUGGAUACCAUCGAUGAUAUUUUAUUCCACCUUUUAAUUAAUUGUACAAAACUUAAAAAGUUUAGUUACCGUGGAGGAAUUAAUACAAUAGAACUGUUGAUGCACGUAUGUCAAAUUUGGUCCGAUUGGAAUGGACAUGUAUCGAUUGAAAUUAAUAUCAGAAGAAUGAAUAUGAGAACGCAUUCAGUUUUACUUGGGAUAUUAGAAGAGAUGACAUCUAAAGAAAAUGUAUCAAUCAAAAUUAAUAUUGCGCGUUUUAGAAAUGAAUUAUAUUUUUAUUAUUGAAAUUGAAAUAAAGCUAGAAAUGUGAG